AUGGAAACAAAUGCCAUCACUGUGGCUGGUGGAAAUGAACCAGGACAACAAUUAAAUCAACUCUAUCAUCCUUUCGGAAUCUCUGUUGACAAAAACAAAAAUAUUUUCAUUGCUGAUUUUAAUAAUCAUCGUAUUGUUGAAUGGGAAUAUAAUGCCACAGCAGGACAAAUUAUGGCAGGUAGAAAUGAACAAGGGAAUCGAAUGGAUCAAUUGAAUCAUCCAACAGAUGUGAUUGUUGAUCAACAAAAUUAUUCGAUCAUCAUUGCUGAUCGAGGAAAUAGACGAGUGAUUCAAUGGUUGAAUCAAACUCAACAAGUUCUCAUUGACAAUAUUGACUGUGCUCGGUUAGCAAUGCAUAGAAAUGAAUUUGUGUAUGUUUCUGAUUGUGAGAAGAAUGAGGUGAGACGAUGGAAAAUGGGAGAAUACAACAACGAAGGAGUUAUAGUGGCAGGUGGAAAUGAUAAAGGAAAUCAACUCAAUCAACUUAAUAAACCUAGUUUUAUCUUUGUUGAUGAAGAUCAAUCUGUUUAUGUAUCAGAUACCAACAAUCAUCGUGUGAUGAAAUGGAGAAUAGGUGCAGAAGAAGGAAGAAUUGUGGCUGGAGGAAAUGGUGACGGAAGAAAUCUCAAUCAAUUGUAUCAUCCUCAAGGAAUAAUUGUAGAUCAUUUGGGUCAAAUCUAUGUGGCAGAUUCUCAGAAUCAUCGAGUGAUGCGUUGGUGUGAAGGAAACGAAGUAGGUGAAAUUAUUAUUGGUGGAAAUGGUUUCGGAAAUCGAUCAAAUCAAUUGAGUUGUCCUUGUGGUUUAUCUUUUGAUGAAGAAGGAAAUUUUUAUGUUGCUGAUAAUUUUAAUCACCGAAUUCAAAAAUUUUAA